AUGUCGGAGUUUUCCGGCGAAGGUUUAUCGGAGUUAAUUUCCGGCGAAAACAACGGCAGCGGUAGCAAUGUACGUGAAACGACGACGCCGUUGACGGUGUCGGCGUCGUUUAAGGAAACGAAGAGUAGUUCACGGCGGAGAACGGCAGCGGCGAUGAGGCCGAGUUUAGAUGCAGAUGAGUUUUUUAAUCUACUUCAUGGUUCGGAUCCGGUGAAGUUAGAGCUUAAUCGACUCGAGAAUGAAGUCAGAGAUAAGGACAGGGAAUUGACUGAAGCUCAAGCUGAGAUCAAGGCACUAAAGCUAUCCGAAAGACUACGAGAAAAGGCUGUUGAGGAGCUCACUGAUGAGUUGUCAAGGGUUGAUGAGAAGCUUAAGUUGACAGAAUCUCUUUUAGAAAGCAAGAAUCUUGAAAUUAAGAAAAUUAAUGAUGAGAAGAAAGCAUCCAUGGCAGCUCAAUUUGCAGCAGAAGCCACUCUUAGAAGGGUCCAUGCUGCUCAAAAAGAUGAUGAUAUGCCGCCUAUUGAAGCCAUCCUUGCACCUUUGGAGGCUGAACUCAAGCUUGCACGUCAAGAGAUUGCAAAGCUGCAAGAUGAUAAUAAAGCACUGGACCGUCUUACAAAGUCAAAAGAGGCAGCUUUACUUGAUGCUGAGAGAACUGUGCAGUCAGCAUUAGCAAAAGCUUCUAUGGUGGAUGACCUUCAGAACAAGAACCAAGAGCUGAUGAAACAGAUAGAAAUAUGCCAGGAAGAAAAUAAAAUAUUGGACAGAAUGCAUCGCCAAAAGGUUGCAGAGGUUGAAAAGCUUACCCAAACGGUACGUGAGCUUGAGGAGGCUGUUCUUGCUGGGGGUGCAGCUGCUAAUGCUGUCCGGGAUUAUCAACGGAAAGUUCAAGAGAUGAAUGAAGAAAGAAAAACUCUUGAUCGGGAGCUGGCACGUGCCAAGGUAACAGCUAACAGGGUAGCAACUGUGGUUGCUAAUGAGUGGAAAGAUGCCAAUGAUAAAGUAAUGCCUGUGAAACAGUGGCUUGAAGAAAGGAGGUUUUUGCAGGGUGAGAUGCAAACAUUGCGUGACAAGCUAGCAGUCACUGAACGAGCUGCAAAAUCAGAAGCCAUGUUAAAAGAGAGAUAUCAACUGAGGCUAAAGGUCCUUGAAGAGACAUUAAGAACAUCCAGCUCAGCUACUCGCAGUACACCAGAUGGUAGAAGUCCAAGCAACGGUCCUUCACGUCGGCAAUCACUGGGAGGCGCUUCCAAUGGCUUUUUACCAAAGAGAUCACCAUCAUUUCAGCUUAGAUCUUCUGGGUCCAGUACUGUGCUGAAGAAUGCUAAAGGGACAUCAAAGUCAUUUGAUGGUGGCUCAAGGUCAUUGGACAGGGGCAAAAACCUUCUGAAUGGUACAGGUCCAAAUUUCAACAGCAGCAAGUCGUGUGAUGUAGUCAAAGACAAUGAGACUGAGAAUAGUUCCUGGAAAGCAAGUCAAGCUGAAAAAACAAAUGACACACAAGUAACAGAAAGAGAGGAUACUAUACCUGGAAUAUUAUAUGAUUUGCUGCAAAAAGAAGUAAUUGCUUUAAGGAAAGCAGGUCAUGAGAAGGAUCAAAGUCUUAAAGACAAGGAUGACGCCAUUGAGAUGUUAGCUAAGAAAGUAGAGACUUUAACGAAAGCCAUGGAGGUUGAGGCUAAAAAAAUGAGAAGGGAGGUUGCUGCCAUGGAGAAGGAGGUGGCUGCCAUGCGUGUUGAGAAAGACCAAGAGAAUAGGGCCAAAAGAUUUGGAAAUUCAAAGGGUCCAAUGAGCAGUUCUCAGCUGCCUCCAGGAAGAAAUGUAGCACGAAGUGGGUUAACACGCAACACUCAAUAACGACAUGAAGAAACCCCAACUACAGCUUCGAGAAGAUAUUCUGCAUAGACUCCUGUGUUCUCCUACUUAGUCUACUUAACAACUCUACUAUUCUCCACUAGUGGUUUAUUCUAAAAUCGUAACAAGCAUGCCGAUGGCUGUGAUCAAAGUCCUAUCCAAACACUGGAAAAGGCCGGUAGAUGAAAUGUGGUGUGCUUCUGACUUUGACUAUGAUCCCCUUCUGCUUAGAUAUCAGCUGGAAAGAUAAGUUAGCAAAGUUGAGCUAACUUUUUUCGCCGAACAGCUUGAGUGGCAGUGGUCGUGUGGUUGUAUAGGUAGCUCUUGGCAUUUACUUUGCUAUACUCUUUUCUCAACUUGUUUGCAGUCUUGUAAUCUGCAGCUUUAGUGUGAUGAUAUGUUAUUGGUUCAUGUUUUGUCAAUAUUCUUGUAAUCAGAGAAGGCUGAUAAUUUUUUGCCCCUUCUGAUCUUUUACUAUCCAAGAUAUUUCGAUUAGAGUAUUUGUGUUA